AUGUUGAUGGGUAUCAUCCGAAAACCGUCUCUCAAGCUAUACUGGUCUACAAGGGCGAUCUUGGCAACUCCUGUGUUUGGAAAGUACAUGUCAAGGAAUAGAUUCGAACAUAUCCUUAGAUUCCUUCACUUCAACAACAAUGCCAACCUCAUUCCACGUGGACAACCAGGUUAUGACCGGUUGUUCAAGCUGAGAAAAAUCAUUGAUGGCUUUGCUCCAAAGUUUAUGGAUUCCUACGAUCCAGGGAAAGUUAUGUCACUGGAUGAGGGACUGUACCUGUGGAAAGGCAGAUUAGUAUUCAAACAGUACAUCGCCAACAAGCCUGCAAAGUAUGGUAUAAAGUCGUACUUGCUGUGUGAUUCAGCAGGUUACACUUGGAACUUUAUAGUCUGUACAGGAGAGGACAAGAUGAUACCGUAUCUCGGAAAUCAAGAUGAUGACCCAUUCAAGACCGAAGCCAUUCCUCGAAUCGUUGUAUAUUUGAUACGUGAAGGUGCAGAUCCAAAUGUAGUAGGUGAAUACAGACAACUGUAUAUGGAUCGAUAUUACAACAGUCCGGCAUUGACUGAACACCUCAUGGAGCAGAAGAUUUACACUUGUGGAACUCAAGACAUGAGAAGGAAGGGUGUACCGCCGGCUGUCAAAAAUGCAGUUGUUCGUGUUGGCGAAAUAAUCCAUAGACAGAAAAGGAACAUGACGGUAAUUUCAUGGCGUGAAAAGAAGACCAAGAAGCCUUGCAUUAUGAUCAGUAACAUGCAUCAUGCUGAUUUGAUCGACACAGGGAAAAAAAGGAAGGUAAAUAAUGUUGAGAUCGCAGUGAAGAAACCAUCAAUGGUGCUGGCCUACAACAAGCGAAUAGGAGGUGUCGAUAAAAGUGACCAGAUGGUUGCAGACUAUGGACAUUCAAGGAAGUCAUUGAAGUGGACGUCAAAAUUCUUCUUCCACUUGAUUGACAUUGCAGUACUGAAUGCCUUUGUGCUGUUCAACAACAGGGAACCAGAAGCGAAAAAGUUGCUGCACCUAGAAUUCAAAAUGAAGUUCAUCAAAAAGAUCUUGAGUAAAGCGAAGACAGGAAAUGCACUGGAACUACCAGACCCUAAAGGCAUCAGACAACAUCAGUUGGACACUGUAGGUCAUGUGGAACAUCUGGAAUCACGACUAUCUAAGCAUUGGCCAGAUGACACACCCUUCCAAGAUGCUACACCGGGGAAAAAAGUCAAACGCAAGACUCGCGUUUGUGCCCAGUGUCGAAAGGACCCAAAGCCGUACGCGGAACACCAUGGUCUGGAGCAACCCCCCAAAAGACCUGAGACCAGCAUAAUGUGCCCUAAGUGCAACGUACCUCUGCAUUCAACUCCCUGUUUCAAACUCUGGCACACACUGAAGUGA